AUGGAUGUUCCUGCUACCACCAGUGAUAGUGCUGCUGCAGUUCCGACUACUACUCAUAUGGUACAGUUCAAUCCAACUGCCCAAUUACCUAUCAAACUGCAAGGUAACCUUAACUUUGCCACCUGGAAGGCGCAACUAGUGAUACAACUCAAUGGACACAAAUACCUUGGACAUCUCACUGGUGCCAAAUCUGCUCCGCCAACCACUAUCACACAAACUGAUAGUACCAUCUCCAAUCAUGAAUAUGAGCUGUGGUUUUGCCAAGACCAACUAAUUCAACAGGCAAUGAUGGGAUCCGUUGACCCCACCAUUGCUCCCACUGUUGCAACUGCCUCUUCGGCCUCCAAGACAGUUGCUACUUACCUACAGGAGAUCAGAUCAAUUUUUCAUGCUCUCAAAGUAGUGGGCUCUCUGGUGGCUGAUGAUGAACUAGCAGUCAAGAUUUUAAGUGGCCUAGGUUAUGAGUACCAUGAAAUCACUGUCGCUAUAAGAGCGCGUAACACAACCCUAAGCUUUGAGGAUCUAUUCCAGAAAUUCACGGACCAUGAACUCCUUUUCAAACAUCAAGAUAUUGACAGGUCAUCCUCCAUCAUCACGGCUGUAGUUGCACAAAGGACCAACUUCCAGCCCCAAAAUCAGAAAAAUAAUCGUCGCUUUCCAAAUCAAUCUUCAAGACCACAAGCUCCACGACAGGCGGUCCCUGGAAAUCAACAUAAUGGGAGACUACCCAGGCAAACAGUAAAUUGCCAACUUUGCCAAAAGAUCAGUCACACAGCUGAUGUGUGUCGCUCAAAAUUGCACAACCACUUUGAAGUUGAGGUCAACUUUGUGUCAAAUCAUCACUCAGAUGCAAAUCCUUGGAUCCUUGGAUCCUAUACUCUGGAGCAACUCAUCAUGUCACAAUCGAGUCUAUAA